CGUCAAAGCAUCAAAAGCGUUCUAACACUCACAUCGAGCGGUCGCGAUCGGUUUAAGGUGUCCAUCUAGCUUAUCGGUUUUACGUGCGCAUCUCACGUAGCAGAUAAGGGAUUUUUCCGUAAUAUCCAUAAUGACAAGUGCCGCCGAAUUGCAAGGCCAAGGCUCCUAUGGAGGAUUCUACUUUGGCUUCUGCACCCUGAUCUCGCACGUUCUUCUGGCGGGGAUCACCGCUGCCAUUGUUUACAAGUGUCUGGUGCUCAAGUUGGUACACACCGCCGGACAUGCCUUCUACUGCACAAUCGCCUUUGUGUUCUUUAUGGGCGAGGCGCUGUUGGUGAGAAAUAGCACAUAUUUGGAGUCCUGGUUGGGUCCUUUGAACCUGAACCGUCUACAUGCUGGCCUGGGUCUGUUGGCAUUCCUGGUCGGAGUCGGCGGGAUCGGCAUCAAGACGUGGCAGAAGCUGGAGCGCAAUCGCGAAGAUCCCAAUGCCACCGUGCGGCACUUCAAGACCAACCACGGCUUCUAUGGUAUUGUUGGCUGUGCUCUUCUGCUGGGCAGCGUUCUCAGCGGUCUUCCGCUGUAUUUCAUCAGCGGGGGCUUCACCUUGAAAACGCUCCAUCGAUUCUUCGGCCUGGCUGGAUUCCUAGCCCUAAUGGUCUCGCAAAUGUUCGGCUACAACACCGGAUUCGGCCGGCGCCAGUGGAAGCCACAUCAACAGAAGCUCUUCAAGUUCUUCACAUUUAUCGCUACAAUUACGACUGCAAAUUACGAAUUUCGCAGAUUUGUACGAGAUAUUGCUGGCUGGGCGACAAAUUAUUUUAUUGGAUCGGAAGCAGCAGAAGCAAGAGAAGAUCUUUGAGGAUAUAGCUAUGAGCGAGUCUUAUUACUCUGGACAAUCAACACAUCAGGGCGUUUUUGGGUAGGCAACCAAUUCUGCGAGAAAGUAUUGAAGAUUUAUUAAUAACUCUCAAAUAGUUAAUGCGGAAAUGAUAAGUACCCCCAACAAGAAUUUACAUUUUUGUUGUGAAUUUUGUUUAUAUAAAGUUCGCAGACGAUUUAAAUAGUAUAAAAACUUUGUUAUCUAGUUAGUGAAGGCUUAAGUUUUGCAUGUCUACUUGACCACCUUAUCAAUGGAAUACAAGAAGCAAAAAUCA